AUGGGUUUAGCUGCCUUCAGAAGCAUUCAGACUGGAUGUGAGCACAGGACGCCACCCACCUCAGAUCUACAGCACCUCCUGCUGAAGACCAGGCACUGCACUGGACCCGUCAGCGAGGUCUGGCACGGUGUGUACAUCGGAGACGCGUCCACAGCCCAGAACAAGGCUCUGCUGUGGAGCCUGGGGAUCACCCAGGUUGUGAAUGCUGCAGAUGGGCCACAUCACAUUGACACCGGGGCCAGCUUCUACUCAGACAUGGCUGUCCGCCAUUAUGGCGUGGACGCCCCUGACAACCGGGACUUUGACCUCAGCCCCUUCUCCUGUCUGACUACAGAAUGA